AUGUUCGAAAGGUCAAUAUUAUAUGUACAAGAAUUCAUAUGGAGGGGGGGUCAGGGACAAUUCGGGGGAGGCGGAUCAAGUGAUAUCCGUCUUUUAUCAGGAGAAUAUGAUGAUUUCGAAUCUCUGAAAAGCAGAAUCAUCGUUGCAUCAGGUGCAGGAGGUUCAGACUCUAAAGAUCAAGGAGGUCCAGGAGGAUCAUUAAAAGGAUACAACAGCACACAAAACAAAGGUAAAGGAGGGACACAAACAUUUGGAGGCAUCGGCAUUGAAAAUGGUAAAUUUGGAAAAGGAGGUGGUGAAAACAGAACAAUUGGACUAGAACAAUAUCACCUCGGAACAUCAGGAGGUGGUUCAGGAUACUUUGGUGGUGGAACAUCAGAUGAUUAUGGUUCAGGUGGUGGAAGUUGUUACAUCAGUGGACAUGAAGGUUGUGUUUCUGUCAUCAAAGAAUCAAAAAUGGAUAAUAUAUCUUUCAAAACACAAGGAGAUAUCAGUAUCCACUAUUCAGGAUUUAAAUUCGAAAGAACAGUUAUUGAUGAUGGAAAAUAUGAAAUGAAAUCUCCAAAUGGUACAUUCGAAAUCGGACAUCUUGGAAAUGGAUUUGUUCGAAUCACAACAAUAUUUGACAUAUCAGAAAUUUCUUGUAAUUUUAUUCCUUACUAUUCUAUAAUGCAUUAUUUUGUAUUUCAGAUAUUUUUAUCAUCUUUAAUCUAUUGA